AUGAAGUUCAAGUGUAGGGACAAGUUCUCGUGGCAAGGGCUCUCGCCAACGUGCAAGGCGACUUCGGUAGCGGCGAUCGCGCAGGAGGAAGGAGUAGAUGGGCUAUGUGUUGGCCGAUCCAACAGGAGGAAAUUGCACCUCUUCCACCGGAGCUACAGGAAUUGGUAUGCAAAUUCGAGGCCAUUUUCGAAGCUCCCACUACCCUACCACCCAGCCGUGACGUCGACCAUUGCAUCAAGCUGA